AUGGACGGACGGACGGGUGGGACGACAGACGGACACGCGGACGGGCGGACGGACGGACGCGCGUCGGCCGCUGUCUCCGCAGAGCACUGUGAGCCGAGCCCGGCCUCCGUCCCGGCCCUGGGCCUGGCGCUGCCCUGCGGCCUGGCGGCCAGCCUGCUGCUGCUGCUGUGCGCGUGGAGGCUGAGCAGGGUGAAGCAAAGACUCCUCCCCUGGGUGCCCGACCCCCGAGGGAGCUUCUCCGGGUUGUUCGAGACCCACCACGGCCACUUCCAGGAAUGGAUCUCGCACACCCAGGCCGUGACCCCACCCAGGGCCACCGAACCCACCGAGGCCCACGAAGUGCUGGAAGUGCGCCCGGGCCCAGAGAACUCCUACAUGAACAGCUGCAGCCCCAGACCCCACGCCAACCCGUCUCCAGCCCCCUGAAGAAAAGGACCCCCCUUUGCCUCGACUUACCCACCCUUCGCCCAAGAAAAUGUACCCCAGCCCAGCCAGGAUGGGGGUGGGGCAGCACUGGAAGGCCUGGGGUUCGA